AUGGCCCCCUUGCUCGAGAAGGUCCAGGAGAAGGUCCUGUGGUGCCAUGGUCUGGACACGUUCGUCUUCCAGGAGCUCGUUUGCCGGAUGAUCGAGGCGUCUGUUCGCUACAACGCGCGCCCACAGCCGCCCUUCGAUCGGGACCAGCAUUCAGCCCUGGCGAAGGAGAUCCAGGCCCUUCGACACAUGCAUGAUGAUUACCCGGACGACGACACCAUUCUCCGCAACCGAGACAUUGGCGACGACAAGUCCUGGAUGCUGGGCGAUUGGAAGAUCUUGGAACUGACUGAACCACUGCACCACGAUGACGCCAAUGACAAGGGUGAUGACAAGGCCAAGGGCGUGUUCAAUCUUAACGACGAAUACGAAUACGAUCACGAGGAAAUGAUGAUGGACAUUCGCGACGCACAGAUAGAGUCGGAGGCGGAGGCGGAGGCGGAGACGCGUGGCGCCGACAACGCGGAUGUGGAGAUGGAAGCUGCGGGCGCCGAGCCCACUCCGGCUCCGGUCGCCACUUUCUUCGACAAUUUGCCGUUCCGAAACCGUUAG